AUGUCCAGGAUAUCAAUCUCUAGACGCCAGGUAGAAGGUACCCUGACUCGCAUACAACGCUUCGUCCAACAAUAUAGACACCGUAUCCGUGAUGGCAACACACUUGAUGAUUUUAUUCAGCGUGCAUGGCUGCCCGACAGUAAAGCAACAACUAUUUCACCAUCGCACCCGAUGCACAACGUCACCGUGAUCGUGGGAGCCCUUGUCCCGCCUAAGGCACUUGUUCGUGCAUAUGUCAACAGGGAUAAACAACAAAUUCAUAUUUAUGAACUCAAUGAACUUAUGCCUACCAACUGGAAUUAA